AUAUUAAUGAGUGCAUUAAUGAUAUAUGUCCUGAUAAAAGUACUUGUGUCAAUAAAUUGGGUAGUUAUGAGUGUAACUGUGCCACUGGAUAUGAAAUAAAUAGCACUGGACUCUGCAGAGAUAUUGAUGAAUGUGCUGACAAUACUCACAUUUGUUCUCAACAUUGUAUCAAUACUGAAGGAUCCUAUGACUGUUCCUGUUCUAACGGAUUUAUGCAAAGAUUUAAGUACUUUUGCUUUGAUAUCAAUGAAUGUUCUAAUUCUAACCUUCACAACUGUACUGGGAAUGAGGUGUGCCAGAAUACAGUUGGCAGCUUCUUGUGUCAGUGUAAAGAUGGAUUUACACGUAGUAGUAAUGGAUUAACUUGUAAAC